CACCCCCACGACACUCUUCCACCAAGCAUUCGACUCAUCGCUAUCCACUAUGGGAUUCUCUUCCGAGUUCGGGUGUAGAAAGCCAGGCACUUGUCGCCUGCCACGCCCUUUUAUCAUCGCCUACUUGAUUGCGAUUGCGGCGGCCAUCAUCAUUGCUUCCAGGAAGAAAGCUAUUUUGCCUAGCUUUUGGACUUUCUUUCUACAGCCUCAUCACGCGGCGCCCGGAAGGAAAGGGACCGCGAAAACAUACCUCCUUAUUGUCCUCGCCGCUAACUGGUUGUUAAGGCCUUUUACGACUGGAUCAUCCUUUCUAUCGUUCUGGCAUACCUGAUUCAGUUUGCAACAUUCGUUGUUCUGCUUCUUAUCACCCUCGCGGCGGAAAAGGAUGGAGCCGGUGUGCAGGAUUAAGAGGUCUAGGAGGCAUGAAGUGUUAGCUCCCGUUCGAAUUCCUAUACUCUCGCCCCUUGCCCCAUAGCUCUUACCCCUUACCCUACAUAGUACUAGCCAACAAAACCUCUUC